GCGUUUUGGGGGGGAAUGGAGGCGAUCGCCAGUCAGAUGGGAAAUGGGAGAGAUGCAAGCUCCUCCCCAAAUUCAAAGCAAGAGCUGCAGCCGUACCAGGGCUCCAAUACCCUCAAGCCCAACCAAGUGGGUGAGACCUCUCUGUACGGCGUGCCCAUCGUGUCCCUGGUCAUCGACGGGCAGGAGCGGCUCUGCCUGGCGCAGAUCUCCAACACGCUGCUCAAGAACUACAGCUACAAUGAGAUCCACAACCGGCGGGUGGCCCUGGGCAUCACCUGCGUGCAGUGCACGCCGGUGCAGCUGGAGAUCCUGCGGCGGGCCGGGGCCAUGCCCAUCUCCUCCCGCCGCUGCGGCAUGAUCACCAAGCGGGAGGCGGAGCGGCUCUGCAAGUCCUUCCUGGGCGAGCACAAGCCGCCCAAGCUGCCCGAGAACUUCGCCUUCGACGUGGUGCACGAGUGCGCCUGGGGCUCCCGGGGCAGCUUCAUCCCGGCCCGCUACAACAGCUCCCGCGCCAAGUGCAUCAAGUGCAGCUACUGCAGCAUGUACUUCUCCCCCAACAAGUUCAUCUUCCACUCCCACCGCACCCCGGACUCCAAGUACACCCAGCCCGACGCCGCCAACUUCAACUCCUGGCGCCGCCACCUCAAGCUCAGCGACAAGACGGCCACGGAGGAGCUGUCGCACGCCUGGGAGGAUGUCAAGGCCAUGUUCAACGGCGGCACCCGCAAGCGGACCUUCUCCCUGCAAGGGGCGGCCGCCGGCGGGCCCGGCGCCGGUUCCCCCGCCGCCAAGGCCGCCUUGCACCCGCCGCCGCCCGCCGGCCCCGAGCUGGCCCCGGCGCACAAGAGCCUCCGCUGCAGCGGGCAGGAGCCGGCGGGCGAGCGCGGGGCGCUGGGGCUGCCGGCGGCGCACGGCGGGGCGGCGGGCGGGCACGGCGGGGCGGGCGCGGUGCGCAGCUACCCGGUGAUCCCGGUGCCCAGCAAAGGGUUCGGGAUGCUGCAGAAGCUGCCGCCGCCGCUUUUCCCCCAUCCCUACGGCUUCCCCGCCGCCGCUUUCGGACUCUGCCCCAAGAAGCAGGAGGACGCGCUGGGCGGCGCGGGGGGCGGCGAGGCGGCGGGCAAGGGGGGCGCGCUGCCCCCCGGCAUGUUUUGGGGACCCCCGCAUCCCCACCCGCACCAACCGGCCCAGCCGCCCCACCAGCCCGGCGCUGCCAAGGACACCGGCGUCUACCCCUCCUUCCCCGUCUUCUGGCCGGCCGCCGGCAGCCUCCCGGUGCCGCCCUACCCGGCCCAGAGCCAGGCCAAGGCGGCGGCCACCGCCGUGGUGGUGGCGGCGGCGGCGGCUGCGGCGGCGGCGGCGGCCGAGCCGCCCGGUUUGUCGGGCCGGCACGGCGAGCUGGAGGGCUCGGAGCCGUCGGGGAGCGGGAGGAGCAGCGCUACCCCCCAGGAGGGAGCCGGGGCGGAGGGCGAGCGCUGCCCCAGCGCCUUGUCGCGGGCGGCGGGCGAGGAGGAGCGCUCCGGGGACGAGGCGCUGCUCCCCCCGCUGCCCCUGCCCAGGAAGGGCAGCUACCUCUCCGCCUUCCGCCCGGUGGUGAAGGACGCCGAGAGCAUCGCCAAGCUCUACGGCACCCGGGAGGCGUACGGCGGCGGCGCGGCCCCCCGCGGCCCCGGCUACCUCUCCCCGGACUUCCUCAGCGAGGGCAGCUCCAGCUACCGCUCGCUUUCCCCGGGGGGGGACACGGCCGAGGAGCCCGAGGUCGACGUGGAGUCCAACCGCUUCCCGGAGGACGAGGAGGAGGAUGCCGCCGCCGCCGCUCCCACCGAGGGCCGGGAGCCCCCGCCGCCCCGGCUGCUGGCCGGUACCGAGGAGCCGCCGCCCGCCGGGGCCGACGGAGCGGAGGAGAAGGAGGGCGAGCCUGCGGCGGAGGAGGGCGGCCAGCCGCCCGACGGCAGCCCCGAGCGGAGCAGCAGCAGGGGCGCUUACGAGGUGUACGCGCCGGAGCGGGGGGAGCACCUGCAGCCGCUGAAGACCACCGCCUCCCUGGGAGCCCCGGCCGCCUACCUGUGCCCCCCCGAGGCUAAGGAGCAAGAUAAAGAAGACAAUCACUCCGCGGCAGAGGAUUUAGAGACCAGAAAAUCCUAUCAGGACCAAAGGAAUGUCUCGCAUCCCAGCCCUGUAAAUACCGACAGAGGAGAGGACGGCCUCGGCAUGGAAGUCGCCGGGACGCAGCUGGUGGAAAAGGACAUCGAAAAUUUGGCCCGAGACGAAUUGCAAAAAUUGGUCCUGGAGCAAAUGGAGCUGAGAAAAAAACUGGAGAGGGAUUUCCAGAGCCUGAAAGAUAAUUUCCAGGACCAGAUGAAGCGGGAGCUGGCGUACCGGGAGGAGAUGGUGCAGCAGCUCCAGAUCGUCCGAGAUACGCUUUGCAACGAGCUGGACCAGGAGAGGAAAGCGCGCUACGCCAUCCAGCAGAAGUUGAAAGAGGCCCACGACGCGUUGCAUCACUUCUCCUGCAAAAUGCUGACCCCGCGGCACUGCACGGGGAACUGCUCCUUCAAGCCGCCGCUGCUGCCCCAGUGAAGCCCCCCCCGCCCCGCCCCGGACCCCCCCCUUCCCCCGAAGCCAUGCGGGCAGAGCCCACACAAGCCAUUUCC